CCUUUUUGACAAUGAUGUGCAUUUCCUGGAAAGACAUGUAGAUGCCUCAUAUUUGGUGAAGUGGGCCUAUAAAUUUUGGUGGUACAAGGAAUAACAGUAUAACACUAAUAAGCAAGUAUUGCUAUAAAUAAUUGGCGUAUAAAAAUUGUCUAGGGAAAAGUAAGUCUAUAUGUGGAGUAACCAAGUAAGGUGGAAUCCCCUUUUUUAAACUCAAGAGUAGCUUAUAUAGUUCCUGAAUAUGUGAAUUAAUUCUCACUCUCUUAAAAGCUUAGAAAAAGGGAAAACAUAGAACUAAAAAUUAAAAAAAAAACAUUGAAAAUGAGUUCUCCCAAUUGUAAUAAUAUUGGUGUAGUUCAAGGAGUUUCCUCCAUGAAUAACACCAUUCAAUCCCUGAGUUCAAUAUACUGCAACAAUCUCUCCCCCACUCGCACAGACGACAGCAACGACAGCGACAGCGACAGCAACAACAGCGACGACAGCAGCCAGUCAGCAAGCCGCAAAGAUGUCGCACCAGAUUUUACUCCAAUUGAUGCAACCAUGUACAAGCUAAUCGUCGAGGGAAAACUCGAUGAUAUGUUAAAAUCACAAGUUAGCUUGGAAAAGCUGAAAUGUAAGGAAUACGAAAACUCUGUGCUGCACAUUGCAGCAGGAUCAGAUAUUUUGAAGUUGAUACUAGACAAUCACAAUGAACUAAUAAAAUUAGUGGAAGAUGAUGGUCAAUCACCACUAUCUUAUGCAGCAUUUAAAGGUCACAUUGAAGGUGUUCAAUACUUGCUCAACAAAUUCCCUAAAUUUGCAUAUGAAUGUGACAAAGAAGCCUCCUUUCCAAUUCACAAGGCAGCAUGUAGUGGUAAUGUAGAGGUCAUUCAGAAGUUACACAUGACCAAAAACUUGCUCAAUAAAAAAGGUCAAAGUAUUCUUCAUUUGGCUGCUAAAUAUGGAAAGUCCAAACUAGUAUUGUAUCUCAUCAAAAUGCCCGAAUUGGCUAGACUCAUCAACCUUAAAGACGAAGAUGGUAAUACUCCUUUGCAUUUGGCUACCAGAGGCCUCCAUCCGAGGGCAGUCUAUAUUUUGACAAGGGAAAAUAGAUGCAACACUAAGUUGCAGAACAAGAAAGGGUUAACAGCUCUUGAUAUUUUUGAGGUCCAUGUCGAUUCAUUUCCCACGUUUGAAGCGAGACUUACUUGGAUGGCCUUGAGAUAUGUGGAUGCACCUCGAAGCUCACAAUCAAUAAGAAAAGGCUGCUACAAGCAACUACAAAGAGUUAGAAAGCAAAAGAACAAAGCAAAUAGCGUGAAAGAGUUGGAUGGUUUCAAAAAAAGAGUUGACACACACAUGCUAGUAGCCACACUAGUAGCUACUGUUACGUUUGCAGCUGGAUUCACCCUUCCGGGAGGUUACAACCAGUCCGACAAUGACCCGAACAUAGGCAUGGCUGUCUUGCCGGACAGAUGGCCGUUCAAAGCAUUUAUAUUAUGCAACACAGCGGCAUUAUACAGUGCCGUUUUAUGUGUGGUGAUUCUCAUUUGGGCACACUUAGGUGACCUUAAGCUAAUCCUGGUAUCCCUCAAGUUUGCACUACCCUUGUUGGGUUUCGCAUUGGUAAUGAUGUCAUUGGCCUUCAUGAUGGGUAUAUUCGUCGUGUUGAGGACAGUACCUUGGCUAUCCUAUGUGGUUUUAUGCAUGGGAUGUACCUUCUUGUUCGGCGUACUUCUUUUCUUUAUUCCACUCUACAACCCAUCAAGCAUUAAGAAUUCUGUGGUGCGGUUUUUCUUUUCCGGCACCUUUCUAUUGUUGCUGCUAGUGUGUGAAAAAAGCUCUAUUACAUAUGCCUAGGACGUCGAUUUCAUGUAAGUAGCACGCAGCUUUCAUCCAUCAAAUUUGAAGACGGAUAUAUAACCUUUUGGUGGAAUGUGUGCAGAUACUGUAAACUGAUCUUUUGUCCAUGAUAUAGUGUUGUAACUCAUUCAAUUUCUCUCUUUUGAAGAUUGAAAAGCUAGAAUAACACUGAAUCGCCGGUCAAAUUUGUGUUGUAGAAUUGUAGCUAGAAUGACUAAUUAAUUGCGUAGAAUGAGUUAGGAGCUUUUAGGUUGUAGCUCUUCAUGAUUUCAUGUGUAACUUUCAGUGUAUCAAAUUCUGUACAAGAGUGUACAUAACCACAUAUCAGAAGUUCCAAACAAAACAAAAUUUUUAA